AUGCUGAGCCCCAUCGAACAGUCCAAGCGCACGGCCGCACGUCAAGCUGUGGACGAGUACGUCCAGAGCGGAUUUGUCGUGGGUAUCGGUAGUGGCUCUACGGUCGUGUACGCCGCUGAACAUCUUGGAGAGCUCGUGAAGGAGCAAAAACUGACGGACAUUCGAUGCAUUCCCACGUCUUUCCAGUCAAAGCAGCUUAUUGCCCAGUACAAGCUCACACUCACUAGUCUGGACGAAUGUCCUGUCAUUGAUGUGACUAUUGAUGGCGCUGAUGAGGUGGAUCUGCAGCUAAAUUGUAUCAAAGGAGGUGGUGGCUGUCAACUGCAGGAGAAGAUUGUGGCCUUUGCAGCUAGAAAGUUUGUGGUCAUUGCUGACUACCGCAAAGAGUCGAACAAGCUCGGCGAGCAGUGGGUCCAGGGCGUGCCUAUCGAGGUCGUCCCCAUGGCAUAUGUGCCGCUUAUGCACAAGAUGAAACAGGAUUUUUGCGGUAGUCCGGUACUGCGCAUGGCCAAAUGCAAGGCUGGCCCUGUAGUAACUGACAAUGGAAACUUUGUGCUUGAUGUGAAUUUUGGAGAGAUUAGUGACCCAAAGACACUCUGUGAUCAUCUCAAGCUUCUUCCCGGUGUAGCGGAGGUCGGUCUCUUCUGUGGCAUGGCUGAGAAGGUCUACUUUGGACAGACAGAUGGCUCCAUCACGACACGCAUAGCGAAGAAAUCUGCGUAG